AGAUCAAAAGUGCUUUUCCUCAACAAUUAAUCAACUCAAACACUGAACUCUUAGAUUGUGAGAAUUUUCUUUUAAAGAUGUACGCAAGCCGCCUAUUGGCCAGAAGUUUAAGCCAAAGAAGUCCGAUACUGAAGCAAUUGAUCAGCCAGAAGCCGCUGGCACGGAUGCCAGCUUGCCUUCAGCUGGAGGUGACGACGGCUCGUUGGUUUGCUACCAAAGACGUUAAGGAUGUCAAGGAUGUCAAGGAUACCAAGGAUGUGAAAGCGAGCGGACCCACGACAAUAGGGCCGGACGGAAAUGUGCUGAUACCGCCGGUCAUCCUAAAGAUUGUACCCGCCCGGCCGUCCCCAAAUUUAUCCUAUGACGAUCGCAAUAUGAUACUGGGACGGGAACUGUCGCCCCACCUGUCCAUAUACAAGAUUCAGGUUACUUCGUUGCUUUCCAUCUGCCUCCGAAUGAGCGGCUUUGUCCUUGCUAUUUUCGUUUGGGCCCUGGGAAUUUCCGGACUCUUUAUGGAGGGAGACAUGGAGGGAUUUGUGAAGAAGGCGGAAGAUUGUGAUUGUCCCGGAGUUAUAACCGCCUCGAAGGUUAUGGUGGUGGCGCCAUUUGCUUACCACACGGUCGCUGCCACACGACACAUGAUCUGGUUUCUAAACAUGUUUUUGACAAUCCCAGAGAUCUAUGCCACCGGCUAUGUGGCUGUGGCCCUAUCUAUUGCAUUGGCUGUUGGCCUAAUGGUCAUGGAUGUUGAGCAGAAGCCCAAGGAGCAGGUGGAUCUAUCCAAGAAGCCGAAAAAAGGUAAGGGAAAGCAAGAACCUUCUAAAAAGGACGAGAAGAAGAAUGCCAAGGAUGAUCCGAAAGCUAAAUAUAAGAAAGAACAUUAAUCUCCACGGAUUUAAGUAAUAGGACAAAGUACGUAAAAAAACACAUAUGUUUAAACAUUUCAAAAUUUAAUUGUAUUGAAUAAAUCAGGCUAUAUAUAGUUGAAUUUAAACGA